CAAACGAGUUGGCAGACCCGCGCGCUGUAUUACGAAGUUUCACUUUCAUAUUUGUUUUGGCCACCACUCCAAACUAGUCAUUUACCAAAAAUGUUGGCCUCUCGCUUGAAUCUCCUGUUGCCCCGCGUAUCCUGGCUGCGCGGUUGCUCAACGACAGCGGUGGGCCAGAAACAUCAGCGCCAGGUGCCCACGGAGUUCGCCGUACACGAUCCUCUGCAGGCUCACGCUCUAAAGGAACAGUGCAUCCUGGUUGACGCCAACGACCAAGCCAUUGGGGCCGCCUCUAAGGCAGACUGCCACCGUGUGCAUCCAGAGACGAAUGAUGUUAAGCUCCAUCGCGCCUUCAGUGUUUUUCUCUUCAAUUCUCAGGGAGAGAUGCUAGUGCAGAAGCGAUCGUCUCACAAGAUAACCUUCCCAAACACCUACACCAACGCGUGCUGCAGCCAUCCGCUUUACGAAAUCGAACAGGAACGUCAGGAGCGCAACGCACAGGGCAUCCGUGUGGCCGCUCAACGACGUCUCAACUACGAACUGGGCAUUCCCACAGAGGAACUGCAGCCACAGGACUUUCGCUACCUGACCCGCAUCCACUACGCAGACACGGGCGACGGCGUGUGGGGCGAGCACGAGAUAGACUACAUCCUGUUCCUGCAAAAAGACGUGACGCUGCGUCCAAAUAGCAACGAGGUCAGUGAGGUGCGCUACUUGCGCCGCGAUAAGAUCGACGAGGCGGUGGCGAAGUUUAGUGCCCCGCUGACACCCUGGUUCUCUCUGAUUCUGCAGCAUCGAUUGAAACUCUGGUGGGACAAUUUGCACCAGCUGGAGCAAUUUGAGGACUUGAGUAAUAUUCAGCGCUUUUAAGUGUGCUAACCAACCAAAAAUACACGUAAUGACGUCUAAAAGGGGCUUUUGUUCGUUUGGGUUUCAAAUUCGCUUUAUUCAAAUGGAAAAUAGUGUGUGUCUGUGUGCGGACAAUGGGCACAAAGCGGAUUUUAUGCAACCUCCGCGGGUCGAUCAGUUCAGUACAACGCUUUUGUAUAUGUAAAUAUAACAAUACAUAUAUAGUUUGUAUAGGCGCACGAUAUUCAAUAUGUUUCAUAGCCUAACUAAUGUGUUUGUAUGUUGAAUAUCAAAUAACUAAUUAGCUUUUAAAAUGAUCACAUUACGUUUCCCAUAAUCAUCAUCAUCAUCGUCAUCGUCGCAACAAGAAUAAAUAUGUACAAAAGU